UGAAACUCAUCUUCAUCUAUGGAAUUCAGGGUCACACUGCCAUGGUGCUGAAAAAGACAUUUCUACUGCAGAUCCUCGUCGUUAUCAUUCUUUUAUUUGUGGUAACCAGCUGGAAACUGAAUUUGGCUACCUAUCGAUCCGUCGGCCAUGGUGAGUUGAACUUUUUUUUCUUCUUUCAAUGUCGAUGCAUGUCUGUCCACUCAUACAGCCAACAGCUCACAGUGAAUGCCAGGGUGAGGACGUAACGUGCACCAAUGGCAGGACGACAAUAACGGAAGUAGUGGAUCAGAAAGAAACGAUGUCAGAUGACGGCUUGUCUAAAGGCGACUUGUCAGAGAGUGGACCUUUGUCGAGCACGUUUCCCUACACGAUAGUCACGGCGGCCAGUUCCAACCACUUUUGCGCUUUAGAAAGCAUGUUGUACAGCCUAAAAGAAGUUAAAAUGGAUGUGACAACCUCCAUGUACCCACGUUUGGUCGUUUACGAUUUGGGGCUUACCGAAACCCAGCGUGCUGUGUUACGGAAUCUGUACGAGCAUCAGUUCUUUGAUGAUCUUGUUACGCUCAAUUAUUCCGCUUACCCCAGCUUUUGGGAUAUCACUGUCAACCGAGGUGAAUAUGCGUGGAAGGUGGGAGCGAUCAAAGAAUCUCAGAUCAAAUACGGAGGUGUGAUUGUCUGGCUCGACACGGGUGAUAUUCCCAACCGACGUUUCAUGGAAACCAUCCCCACGUACAUUCGACAACACGGAUUCUGGUCCCCACGUAGCACAGGCUUGAUGGGCGCCAAAUUUAAUCACGAUGGAUUGUUUGCUUACUUCAAGACGACACGAAAGCAAUAUGCAAAAUGGGAAAAUUGUAACGGUGCCGCUCUUGGAUUUGAUACAGAGAAUGCUCAUGUGAUGGACCAGAUCUUGAAUCCAUGGUUUGAUUGUGCUUUGGAAAAGGAAUGUAUUGCGCCUCAAGGAUCAUCUCGUGCGAAUCAUCGUCAAGAUCAGUCGGCCGUCACCUUGUUAGCUUUGCGAGCCGGUUACCAGUGUUUCGAGUAUCCUGAAUUUCAUGGGAUCACCAUUCAUCAAGAUGAUCUCUGCCAGCAACGGUUGGCGUAUUUGGAGGAACACCACCACUUAUUACAUCCUUCUUCCUAUGAUGUUGCAUAGACCCUCUGUUCACAUGCCUACUUUUUUCUAUCGGAUGACUUUCCAUGCAGGUCAUGAAAACGUCGUUGACACAUCCUUUCACAACUUUAGACUUCAUUCUCCUACUAUUCCCAAUAAAGAACAAGACAUCUUUCUUUCUUUUUUUUCUGUGUUUUUCAUAGAAUUCGCCUGUUUUUCUGAACAAAAAGAAUAAAUCAUUUUCGG